GAAUCUUCCAGGAAGUCUCCUUCCCGCGCUCCCCUCUCGGCCGGGGCGGGACGGCCAGCUCCUCUGUCCCCUCCUCUGUCCCAGCAGGCUGACGGGACACCCGGGCGUCUGCAGGGGGGCACUUCUCCGGCUCAUCCCCGGCAGGUGUUCCUGAACCUUCCCUGUGGCAGCGGGCCUGGGGUGCGACCACCCCUCCUUCCGGCCAGGCCGGGGUGGGGGCUCAGGGCCGGCGGAGGUGGAGGGGAGCCCAGGCGGGCAGGCAGGCAGGAACCAGGCUUUGCAAAGUCUCAAACCAGAGGAAAUCGCAGCAUCGCGGGCCGGGGGGCGGAAUGAAAGACUCUGUGAGUCGCCAGGAAUUUGACUCUGUGAGCUGGUUUCCAAGAGGCUAAGUUAAGCUUCUCCAAGUGGAUAUUAAAAAGGAGCAGCCAGACGAGAAGCCCCGGGCGGAGGGGCUGGAGGGGGUGGAGAGAAGGCGCCGGAAGCCACUCGCCGCCGCACCUCGGGAGCCACCGCACAAAGCCCCCGCCGGCCGGUCCUCGGCCCGGAGGACCCCGGGGACCGCGGGAGCCUUUCAAGGCCCACGUCCGGCCCGCACUCCCGCCUCUUCUUUUUAUUUCUCUCCUUCGCUCCCUUUCCCCUCCCGGUUCCAAGAGACAAUGCUACUUCAGUUUGGAGCACAAACAUAUGAUCAGCACAUGGAAAUGUGGUAAUUUGGAUGCAUUCGUGAUUGCAACAGAUUGAAGAAAUUAGACCAGACAAAGAGUGUUUUUGGAGGAGGAGGAGGAGGAGGUAGAAAGAGGGAGGGCGACGGGGUGAGAAAGGGGAGGACGUCUCUGGAAAGGGGGACGCUGGGACUCCCGCCUGCUGCUAAAUAUAUCCGUAAUGAUGGAGAGAGACCGGAUCACAGCCUUGAAAAGAUCUUUUGAGGUCGAGGAGGUCGAGACGCCCAACUCCACCCCACCCCGGAGGGUCCAGACGCCCCUGCUCCGGUCCUCUGUGGCCAGCUCCACACAGAAAUUCCAGGACCUGGGUGUGAAGAACUCAGAGCCUGCAGCCCGCCAUGUAGACUCCUUGAGCCAGCGAUCCCCCAAGGCUGCCCUGCGGAGGGUCGAGCUCUCCGGGCCCAAGGCUGAGCCUGUGUCUCGGCGCACCGAGAUCUCCAUCGACAUCUCGUCCAAGCAGGUAGAGAACGCCGGCACCGCUGGGCCAUCCAGGUUCGGGCUCAAGCGGGCCGAGGCGCUGGGCCACAAGACGCCGGAGCCCGCCCCCCGGAGGACGGAGAUCACCAUAGUCAAGCCCCAGGAGUCAGCCCACCGGAGGAUGGAGACCCCCGCCUCUAAGAUGCCCGAGGUGCCCGCUGCCCCCGCCGCUGACGCAGCCCCCAAGAGGGUCGAGAUCCAGGUGCCCAAGCCAGCCGAGGGGUCCGCCUCCCCCAUCCCACCCCAGACCCUGGAGAAUUCAGAACUCGCCCCGAUGUCUCAGCUGCAGAGCAGGCUGGAGCCCAAGCCCCAGCCCCCCACGGCCGAGAUCCCACCCAAGAGCCACGAGGCCACCGAAGCAGCUCCCAGCAGCGCUGGCGAAAUGGCCGACACCCCCAGAGAUGCCUCACUCAAGCAGCCGCCCAUGCCGCGGAACGAGAAGGCCCCCGUGGACUUCGGCUAUGUGGGGAUCGACUCCAUCCUGGAGCAGAUGCGCAGGAAGGCCAUGAAGCAGGGCUUCGAGUUCAACAUCAUGGUGGUGGGGCAGAGCGGCUUGGGAAAGUCCACCUUGAUCAACACCCUCUUCAAAUCCAAGAUCAGCCGGAAGUCAGUGCAGCCCACCUCAGAGGAGCGCAUCCCUAAGACCAUUGAGAUCAAGUCCAUCACACAUGAUAUUGAGGAGAAGGGCGUCCGCAUGAAGCUGACGGUCAUCGACACGCCGGGCUUCGGGGACCACAUCAACAAUGAGAACUGCUGGCAGCCCAUCAUGAAGUUCAUCAACGACCAGUACGAGAAGUACCUGCAAGAGGAGGUCAACAUCAACCGGAAGAAGCGCAUCCCGGACACCCGCGUCCACUGCUGCCUGUACUUCAUCCCCGCCACCGGCCACUCCCUCAGGCCCCUGGACAUCGAGUUCAUGAAGCGCCUGAGCAAAGUGGUCAACAUCGUCCCGGUCAUCGCCAAGGCUGACACGCUGACCCUGGAGGAGAGGGUCUACUUCAAACAGCGGAUCACUGCGGACCUGCUGUCCAAUGGCAUUGACGUGUACCCCCAGAAGGAGUUUGACGAGGACUCUGAGGACCGGCUGGUGAACGAGAAGUUCCGGGAGAUGAUCCCGUUUGCUGUGGUGGGCAGUGACCACGAGUACCAAGUGAAUGGGAAGAGGAUCCUUGGAAGGAAAACCAAGUGGGGCACCAUCGAAGUCGAGAACACCACUCACUGUGAGUUUGCUUACCUGCGGGACCUCCUUAUCAGGACACACAUGCAGAACAUCAAAGACAUCACCAGCACCAUCCACUUCGAGGCCUACCGCGUGAAGCGUCUGCACGAGGGAAGCAGCGCCGUGGCCAACGGCGUCGAGGAGAAGGCUCCUGAAGCCCAGGAGAUGUAGACGCCGCCCGCCCCGGGACCCUACCCCGAGUCUUUACCAUCUCCCGCCCCCGCCACCCGCCCCAUUUUUAUUUUAUAUAAUUUUCUCCGUGUGUCCUCCAUCUCCGCCCCUUUACACCUGCCAAGUAACAAGAUGAUGAGUGCCCUCUGAGAAUGUUUGUCAUUAGCCCACUGACUAUGGGGACCAGGGCUGGGGAGGGCGGGGGGCGGCUCUCUGGCCGUCCCUGAGGUCCAGAAGGGGUGGGAGGACCACUGACUCAGAUCCCGACCCUGCCUCCACUCCAGGCCCAGCUCCCCGGGGCCAGGAGUGGCCCCCAGCUCUUAGAGCCCCCCUGGAGCAUGGCGGGGUGGUGCCCACGGGAGGAUUGGACCCUGCCGGUGGACUUGGGGCCCCUUCCUGCCCCCGCCUCCCUGCACGCCGCGGGGGGAGCCCCCGAGCCCACCCCUAGGGGAGAGCAGUUCAUUCCACGAGACCCAAGUUGCCCAUUGGCUGCUGCCCGCCCUCCAACCCACCCGCGAGCCUGUCCUGGAGCAGAAAGUGCCUUUAUCUCAGCCGUCCACGUGAGCCACCAGCUCUCCCCAGCUGUCCCCUUGGGCGGGGAACUGGGACAAGGUGGAGAGACGGAGAUGUAUCUUUAUCUCCCAUUGUGUCCCACCCCCUUCCCCACCCCACCCCUCGCCACCUCCCCGCCCCCCCCCCCCACUGGAAUUUGAUUGAGGAUUCAAAGGAAGCAAAAGAUGCAGCCUAUUCCACCCUGAUUUUUGGUAAGGUCCAAGCGAGUGAAUCUGGUAGAGGAGAUGAGGAGGAAGUGAAGUGCUGGCAGGUACCAGAAGGAAGUGGGGGGGUGGGGGGCGGUGUGAACCACGGCUGGGGGUGCUCUGAGUGGUGCCGGCCCUGCCCCCACCCCGUGUGACCAGGGAAGCGUGUCUGUCUGUCUGUUUAGACAUCCAUUCGGCCCGAGACGCUCUGGGUUAAGUGAAUGCCCAGUCGGCCGCCCCAGACACACAGCCCUCCUGACCGAGGCCUGACUGACACCACGACCAGGGAGGUGGGAGGCCAGGCAAGCCUGACUGUGUGUCGCCCUGAUGUGCCUGGGGCCCUGCACCUCCCCCACCCCCAGAGCCCAUCGUGAAGGCCCCCAGAGAGGGAUUGAUCAGGGGUCAGGUGUCCACAGCCCACAGUUGGGCUCCACGUCCUCACGGCCCCGGGCUGGGGAGCUCAGACACGGGACGAUGAUCCGUGACCGUCUGCAGGCCCCAGGCUGGCUUCUUGCAGCCCAUGACGAGGUGGGAGGGGUGGGUGCAGACCGACUGAUGUGUGUGUGUGCGCGCGUGCACAUGUGUGUGUGUAGGUCAUUGCUUCACGUGUUUACUCCCUCCCCAUCUAAGAGAGGAAGGACCCCUUGGCGGAAACAGUUUACUUGCCGACUUGCCAUUUUUGCCAAAACCCAGAUGUUGAAGGAUGCGUCCGUCGCCAGCGUCGGGGUCCCGGCCGUGGGGCAGCCUCUGCGGUCCGGGUCCAGCCGCCCCGUCUUGGGAUGCCUUCGCUUCCUUCUCUGUAGCCAGAUUUUGAAAACUUGUUAGUUUCACUGGGAUCUGUUCCACAGUGGCCUUUCGCUAUGUGCCUCCUGAGAAAUUCGUCUCUUUUUGUAUAAAUAACAAAGUGUUGAAAAUGUAUUUCCUGAAAUAAAUGUUCCAAAUGCAAACCCGGAA